AUGUCAACAGAUAAUGAAGAGAACAGCUCAUCGUCACCGAACAGUUCGUCGAGUGAUGAAGGCGAUGCUCCUGCCCAAGGCCACGCGCAGCAGCUACAUCAAACACCGAAUGGAAGUCCAACAAGUUCAAACCAAAGUCGAAGUCCAAGCGAAAGCUCAAGUGACAAUGGUGAAUCUGCACAAGGAUUGGGAGGUCAGUCGACCCCGAGAUUGUCUCCGGAAGCUGAAGAUUCAGAUGCUUUACGUGAUCCGAUAAGAGUCAGCUCAUCUAUGGAUCAGGAGGUAGCUCGUGGUGCAGACUCACCGUGUGUUUCUCCUGCUCAUGGACACGAAGUGGACGAUUCGUCGAUUCAUAGUGAUGAGCAUGAAGCUAGAACUGAAAAUGACACUGGAGCAGGUUCACCAGCUGGAGAAGAUGAACAUUUAGAAGGAGGGAAUGCUUCGUCAUCUGAUGAUGAUGAGCAAUAUGGUAAGGGAGAGAGCAGUGAACAAAAGGUGAAAGGCAGUUCAGAUUCAGAUGAAGAUUUCGAUGCGAAAGUAGCAACGACAGCCACCUCGGUGUCGAAAUCUGAAGAACCGUCCGAGAAAAGCGAUAAUGAUGAAUUGAGUGAUAGCAAUGAGCAUCCAACCAAACAAAGAAGCGCUCAUUUCUUUCUGGGUGGUUCAGAAGAGCCCGAUAGUAGCCGAUCACCGCCCUCAGAACGUCAGCCCGAACGUGAAGUGGUCUCAAAGAAAAGAUUGGUGUUGUCGUCAUCUGAUGACGAGAAUGAAGGUGCGUAUGGUUCACCAGCAGCUCAUCGUGAUAAGAAAGAGGCAACUGGGGGAUUGGACGAUAUUGAUUUAAGUGAUAGCAGUGAUGGGAGUAGCAGUCGUGAGGAUAAAAGCGGUCGCGGUCGAGGUAGCGACAAGGACGAUGAUGACAGUGAUCAGAGUGCGAAUCACAAUAGAAAGGAUUUCACUGAAGAUGAUAUUGUUGGACCACGGCUCUAUCCAGAUCCAGAAACAGCAGAAGAGGAGGACGAACGCCCUGAGCCGACGAUCGUCGAAGUGAAUACGGCGCGAAUAUGUCCGAAUAUCAAGGAGCAGGGAUUAUACUUCGUCAAAUUUCCAAAUUUUUUGUCGAUUGAACCACGUCCAUUCGAUCACGAGCAUUAUGAAGAUGAAUUCGAUGAAGAUGACUUGUUGGAUGAAGAAGGUAGAGCCAGGCUGAAACUACGGGUUGAAAAUACAAUUCGGUGGCGGUAUGCGUUCGAUGAUGCCGGCAAUAUUGUGAAGUUGAGCAAUUCCAAAGUAGUGCGAUGGUCGGAUGGAACAAUGUCGCUGUAUUUGGGAAAUGAGGUGUUUGACGUUCAAACGCAGCCGAUGCAACAUGACAAUCAUCUGUUCAUGCGACAGGGUGCUGGCUUGCAGGGACACGCUGUCUUUAAAGAGAAAUUAACAUUCCGUCCGAUAUCAACGGAUUCAAUAACACAUCGCAAGGUAACGCUUUCGAUGGCUGAUCGUUCGAAUAAAUCGCAACGGGUUAAAGUUCUGAAUGCAGUAGGCAUGGACCCUGAAUCGCAGAAAGCGGAAUUGGUACGUCGUGAAGAGGAACGCUUGCGAGCACAAAACAGACGUGAGGCGCAGAUGCGACGUAAUCGGGCGAGACCCUCGACGAGGAUGGGCUUGUCGUCGGAUUUCUUGGAAGGACGAGAGAGGGAGGAUGAUUCUGAUGCCGACGAAUCAAUCUCGGCUAUUAAGAGCCGUUAUAAAAAUCGAUAUGACGAUGGUCCUUUGAUCGGACAUUCAGACUCGGAGGAUUCUGACGCGAAACGCGUGCAUGAUGACAAGAGUAGCAGCGACAGUGACACUGUUCGGGAACAGAAGAAACAAAAAAAGAAGAAGAAAAUUAUUGAGGAUGACGAUGAAGAUGAGAACUGA